CUUCCCAUCUCCACAUUUUCACUCCCAGCCCGUCUACGUCUCCGGAUCAAUGGAUGUACACAUCUGACUCUUAGCUCACAUACAACCACUGGUGAACUGCUCCAGUCACAAGUCAGCUCUUGUAGCCUGUUGUACUCUACAGAAAAAGACAAAAAAGGAACCUGUCACCUUAUCUGGGAUUUAUUUGCUACUUUUUUUAUUGCAAAAAAAUUUUUGGGCAUUUUUUAAAUGUUUUUAUUUUUUCUUUGCAAGAUGGAACUAACUAUGGAGAUUUCAUGCACAAGGAUUUAAUUCUCUACAGGAUUUGGGGUCUUUUUUUUUUUUCAUUUUCUUUGGAUGGAUUUUACUGGGAACUGCAGCCUCCUCCAAGAAAGAGUUAGUUAGGUGGAUUGAGCAGUUUGUGGCGAGCUGGACUGAAAUUAAGUUUGUGCAUUGCAUCUACAGUAUAUAUAACACACAAGGCUGGGCUGUACAUGUGUUGUACACAUCUCAGGGUCCAGCUAUCCUGAAGUGCUGAAAUAUGGAGUACUGUGUUGGAUUGCAUUCACUACCAAAGCUGGUAUUCCUCAUCUGCUCUUAUACACUGCACAGCUCCCAUCUCUCCCUAGCUGGGUCACAAGUUACUAGUUUCACCUCGUUGUGGUUCAUCUCCGAACCGUUAGAUGUGGUCACCAUGCGUGGAAGUUCUGUGGUUCUCAACUGCUCGGCCUCCUCAGAUCGGGGGUCUCCGGUAAUCAAAUGGAAAAAGGAUGGAGUCUAUCUGAACCUCGCAAUAGAUGACCGAAGGCAACAGCUGGCCAAUGGCUCCCUCGUAAUACAGACUGUGGUACAUUCGCGGCAUCACCGGCCGGAUGAAGGCUCCUAUCAGUGCGAAGCAUCUUUGGAUGGUAUUGGUGCGAUCAUUAGUCGGACGGCUAAAGUGUUGGUGGCUGGUCCGUUGAGGUUCCUUUCCCAGACAGAAUCUGUCACGUCGUUCGUCGGAGAUACCGCCCUGCUGAAGUGUGAAAUAGUUGGCGAACCCAUGCCCGUGGUUCACUGGCAAAAGAACCAAGAGGACCUAGUACUGGUGCCCGGUGACACACGCAUUCUGGUUCUACCCUCGGGUGCGUUGCAGAUAAGUCGUCUGCAAUCGGCAGAUGCAGGACUUUACCGAUGUUUAGCCAGAAAUCCCGGCAGCUCCAGGACAGGAAAUGAAGCUGAAAUCCGCAUAUUAUCUGAAUCUGGGUUACAUCGGCAGCAAAUCUUUCUGCAAAGACCUUCAAAUGUUGUCGUUGUUGAAGGACAAGAUGCGGUUCUGGAAUGUGCUGUAUCUGGGUAUCCAACGCCAACCGUCUACUGGAUGCGUGAGGAGGAAGUCAUUCCAGCAAGGACAAUGAAGUAUUCCCUACUGGGAGGCAGCAAUCUGCUGAUUACGAAUGUAACGGAUAAUUACGCUGGGACAUACACCUGUGUGGUUACCUACAAAAACGAAAACAGCAGCGCCUCAGCGGAACUGAGCAUCAUGGUACCGCCACGGUUCCUGAGUCACCCAGCAAAUCUGUACGCCUAUGAAAGCAUGGACAUUGAGUUUGAGUGCGCGGUAUCUGGAAAACCACCUCCUACAGUAAAGUGGACGAAGAAUGGAGAGGUGGUCAUCCCCAGCGACUACUUUCAGAUUGUGGGUGACAGCAAUUUACGGAUCUUGGGUCUUGUAAAGUCAGAUGAAGGGUAUUACCAGUGCAUAGCUGAAAACGAGGCCGGUACAGCCGAAACCUAUGCCCAGCUUAUCAUCCCGGAUCCUGCUGUUCCCAGCUCCAGCCUCCUUCCCUCCGCUCCCCGAGAUGUGGCCCCUGUCUUGGUUUCUAGCCGAUUUGUACGUCUCAGCUGGCGCCCACCGGUAGAUACGAGAGGGAACAUACAGACCUACACUGUCUUCUUCUCCAAGGACGGGACUCACAGGGAACGGGCACUGAACACGUCACAACCGGUCGCCUUGCAACUAACGGUGGGGAAUCUGAAGCCAGAGGAGACCUACUCUUUCCGUAUUGUAGCUUACAAUGAAUUGGGACCUGGGGAAAGCUCACAGCCAGUCAAAGUUGCAACACAGCCGGAACUGCAAGUCCCAGGACCCGUAGAGAACCUUCAAGUUAUUUCUACCUCACCCACCUCGAUCCUGAUUACAUGGGAACCUCCGGCCUAUGCAAACGGCCCUGUUCAAGGCUACAGAGUACUUUGUACAGAGACUAUUUCAGGGAGAGAACAGAUCAUUGAGGUUGAUGGGCUUUCCUACAGAUUGGAAGGUCUUCGGAAAUUUACAGAAUACAGCAUAAGGGUCUUGGCAUACAACCGCUAUGGGCCAGGGGUCUCAACGGAGGACCACACGCUGAUGACCCUGUCUGAUGUACCGAGUGCAAUGCCCCAGAAUGUGUCCUUAGAAGUGGUGAAUUCAAGGAGUAUAAAAGUUAGCUGGUUACCUCCCCCAUCAGGAACGCAAAAUGGAUUUAUCACCGGGUACAAAAUUCGUCACAGAAAGACGACCCGCCGCGGAGAACUGGAGACUAUAGAACCAAAUAAUCUGUGGUACUUGUUCACUGGUCUAGAAAAAGGAAGUCAGUACAGUUUUCAAGUCUCUGCAAUGACGGUAAAUGGAACCGGCCCCUCGUCUGAUUGGUAUACAACGGAGACGCCAGAGAAUGAUCUCGAUGAAUCCCAAGUUCCAGACCAGCCCAGCUCCCUGCAUGUCAGGCCGCUGACUACAAGUAUCAUUAUGAGCUGGACGCCUCCAUUAAACCCCAACAUUGUGGUGCGGGGGUAUAUAAUAGGCUACGGUGUUGGAAGCCCGUACGCAGAGACUGUGCGAGUGGACAACAAGCAGCGUUAUUAUUCUAUUGAGAAUCUGGAACCGAGCUCCCAUUAUGUGAUUUCUCUGAAAGCUUUUAAUAACGCCGGAGAAGGUGUACCUCUCUAUGAAAGUGCUACAACCCGAUCGCAAACCGAUCCAUUGGAUCCCUCAGAAAUUGAGUUUUAUCCUUUUAUUGAUGAUUUCCCUACCUCGGUCCCAGAAAUGUCCACCCCCAUGCUCCCACCAGUAGGUGUCCAGGCUGUUUCGUUAACGCACGAUGCUGUGAGAGUCAGCUGGGCAGACAACUCUGUCCAAAAGAACCAGAAGACAACUGAGGUUCGUUUCUACACCAUCCGAUGGAGAACCAGCUACUCUACCAGCUCAAAAUACAAGUCUGCUGACACAACAUCCCUAAGCCAUACUGUGACGGGUCUGAAACCAAACACCAUGUACGAGUUCUCAGUGAUGAUCACAAAAGGCAGAAGGUCGAGUACAUGGAGUAUGACCGCACACGCUACUACUUAUGAGACAGCUCCAACAUCUGCCCCGAAGGAUUUAACAGUUAUCACACGGGAAAGGAAGCCUCGAGCUGUUAUAGUGAGCUGGCAGCCUCCGAUUGAAACCAACGGCAAAAUUACCGCGUACAUCCUGUUUUAUACCUUGGACAAAAAUCUCCAGAUUGACGACUGGGUGAUGGAAGCAAUCAGCGGCGAUAGAUUGACUCAUGAGAUCCUCGACCUCAACCUAGAUACGGCUUAUUAUUUCAGAAUUCAGGCUCGGAACGCCAAAGGCUUGGGACCCCUUUCAGAUCCAAUCCCUUUCAGAACGCCAAAAGUGGAGCACCCUGACAAAAUGGCUAACGACCAAGGUCGUCAUGGAGACGGGGCUUAUUGGCCAGUGGACACAAAUUUGAUUGACAGGAGUAGUCUUAAUGAGCCCCCCAUAGGACAGAUGCACCCCCCUCACGGUGUGACCCCUCAGAAGAACAGCAAUCUCUUGGUGAUUAUCGUGGUCACUGUUGGAGCCAUCACCAUCCUAGUGGUGGUCAUAGUUGCCGUCAUCUGCACAAGGAGGUCUUCUGCGCAGCAGAGGAAGAAACGGGCCACACACAGUGUCAGUAAACGAAAAGGAAGCCAGAAGGAUUUGAGGCCUCCCGAUCUAUGGAUCCACCAUGAGGAGAUGGAAAUGAAAAACAUAGAAAAGCCAGCAGGCUCCGAAAACCAAGGCCGGGAAUCCCCCAGGCAGAGCUGCCAGGACAUCACCCCUGUCAGCCACAGCCAGUCAGAGUCACAGCUGGGCAGCAAGAGCGCCUCACAUUCCGGGCCGGAUACAGAUGAAGUUGGCAGCAACAUUUCAACACUAGAACGCUCUCUCGCAGCCCGCCGAGCGACACGAGCCAAACUCAUGAUCCCAAUGGAUUCACAGCCCAGCAACUCUUCUGUUGUCAGUGCCAUCCCAGUGCCCACACUAGAAAGCGCCCAGUACCCAGGAAUUCUUCCAUCACCGACUUGUGUUUACCCACAUCCGCAGUUUACGCUACGUCCUGUACCUUUCCCUACCCUUUCUGUGGAUCGGGGAUUCGGACCUUGUCGAGCAGUGAAUGAAUGUCCACAGUCCCAGCAGUCAUCCAUGAUGACGCACACGCAGCCGGAACACCCAAGUAAUGAGGACGCUCCCAGCCGAACGAUCCCUACUGCCUGCGUCCGGCCGACACACCCCCUACGAAGUUUUGCCAACCCCUUGCUACCUCCGCCAAUGACCGCAAUGGAGCCUAAAGUUCCUUAUACGCCACUUUUAUCUCAAACAGGGUCCAGCCUGCCUAAGCCACAAGUAAAGACAGCAUCAUUGGGGCUGGCAGGGAAAGCCAGAUCUCCGCUUCUCCCAGUGUCUGUACCCACAGCCCCUGAGGUGUCGGAAGACGGUCACAAGCACACAGAUGACCCAGCCAGUGUGUAUGAACAGGAUGACCUGAGUGAGCAAAUGGCGAGCUUGGAGGGAUUGAUGAAGCAGCUCAACGCUAUCACUGGCUCCGCCUUCUAACUGUGUCUGACCAUGAAAAAUUAACUCUUUACGCUGCCGGCGGGGGGCCUGGAAAGCGUUGCAGAGCAAUGCGCUUAAGCUCCCUCUGAGUGGCAGCCGAGGGGUUAAUGGGACACCCAGGAAAAUUGCAGCAUACCAGUGUUUUAAAUCUCACCCAUGAAAAACAUCCACAUAGAUGACCCACCGGACUUUGAAAACCUUUUUGUGGAUUUGAUACAGGAAUCCACGUGGCAUCGGGGGAAUGGCUCAUUGCGUCAGAACUGUCUUUAUCCUUUCUUCUUCUCUGCAAAAUCACUGUCGGAAUUGUGAGGGAAAGACUCAGUCGCUGCAAGAUCAAUAAACCCUCUCGGAAGCUGAAAUUACCAUUAUUCCACACACACACACAUUGUAUGUUACCGGGCAUGGUAAAUGUUUAAUGUUCUAGGUCAUAAGUGUUCUCAUUCCACCACCACUACUACUACGACCAGGUGCAAAUCUUGAGACAACUUUUAUUUUUUUACUGCAACUGUAAAGAUUGUUCUUAUUUUCAAAUCCACGGAAAGAAAUGACGCAAUGUUGAAAAGUAUAUCAAAACACCCUUAAGACAUGGCUUCCUAGCUGAGAAUCCCCCCCCCCCCCCCAACUUCAAUGAUCAGAUGGUAGUAUGAACAUCAUUGCUUCUCUUCCAUACGUAGAUAAUGAACGUACAUCUUACAUCACCCCACGUUUGCCAGCCUGCAGGUGAAGCAGAGUUUGUUGCAGCGAACAGUGCACUUUAAAAAAAAAAAAAUUGCCAUCAAUUCAAAUAUCUCAAGAAUUUAACCAGUGAAUUAAAAAAUCAGAGAUCUGUUCUCCUCUUUUUCCUAACCCACAAUGCACCAUUCGCUGCAAUAAACUCUACUGCAUCUGCACUGUGAGCAUGUAAUUCACUGUAUAGAUACUAAUACUUUUUUUAUGCUUUAUACAACCACGUGGGUUGCUCCUAAAUCACCUGACAUGAGUUACAAAAGCAUGAGGAAAAAAAAUAAUCAAGCAGCACAAACUCUACCACUGUAUAGUUUAUUUUAUUUUGUCACCAGUGUCGCACAAAGGUUGUCUAUGGAAAGGAGAGUUGUCUGACCUCAAAUGUUCCAGUAGUUAUGAUUUAUAUUUGGUAGCAGAGACUUGAUAUAGAGCACAGCUGAGCGGGUACAAGACACUGUCUGUUAUCUUCUCUAUAAAAUUGAUACCAUAUAUCAUACAGUGUCUGGUGGGGCACAGUCAUUUUGUGUGGCUUUUGUUUACUGUCUGGCGUUUGCAUCCAGCGAUGUGAUUUUUGUCAAAAGUCAGAUAAAAUCCGCUCUGCCAGUUUAAUUGGAAAAGUUGAGGACUCGGCUUACAACUACAGCUGGUCACACAUACAGUAGAAGUGAAAAGGUGAUUUAUUUUUUAUUUAUUUUUCCUUUCAAUACCCAACAACGUGGAUAAGGGAAUCACUCUUUUGAUUAUUUUAUAAUGGAGAAUUUAACAAUGUUUCUAUUUUCUUACUGCAUGAUGUCUUGCGUCCUGGCCUUGUGAACCGCAGGGGCGGAACAGUAGAUCGCAGAGCCUUAUAGCAAAAUUUGGGCUGCCUCUAGAGCCCCAGCCUCUAGAACCCCAGAGCAGACAAAAGGCAUGUGUUGUACGUGGGCAUGCCUUGGCCGGAGAAUGAUCAGGAGAGGCCUCCGCUCUGGUCUUUUGUGAUAAGAUUGGGUACCUGGAGGCUAUGAUUAGAGACUUUCAGCUUUCUGAAAAAAACGGACUAUAUCAUUUCUUUUUUAUCCAGUGUUGAAGCGCAAUUGUAUACAAAUCUUGUACCAUAGUAUACCUUAGGAGGGUGUAUGGCACAGUUGAAGGAGGUGUCACCUCACCUCCGGGUUUUCUAGCGACCUGCGCCCACAGUAGUUCUGCCACUGUCUAACAGUAUGUAAUUAUCAAAGUUUGUAGAGACAUAAAGUACUGACCAAUCAGCACCUUACUGCCAUGUUAUAGGCUGUGUUUACAAAUGACAGUUAGGAGCUGAUUCGUUUAUAUUUUAUCUCUCUCCACUGUAUCCCUCUACAAGCUUUGAUACAUAUCCCCCUAUAUGUUUUAAUAUGUCCUCACUACACCUGUCACCUAAACGCUAUGUAUAAUUCUUUCUUGUACAUAUUUACACACAAUAGUAGCUGCCAAUUUGUGGACUGAAAUGAUGUUCAUGAGAAUUCAACUUAUUAAUUCACUAAGUUCCAGUGACAUCACUGCAUUUACAUGGAUAUUAGUCUGGCCCACAAAAUGGCCGCCUCCAAGGUACUGUCAACAGAGUUCCCAGAGGAUAUCUAGAACGCAUGCCCUUAUGAACUGAAAAAAACACCUUAAACAUGGCAUGGGCUGUCUAAUCAUAGCCUGGAGAGGAAAUAUACAGCUUAUUUUCUCAUUUACGUACUUGUGGAUGUCUUCUAGUAUUAUGUAAUAUACCAUUCUCAUUUUAAAAUAAUGUGUUAAAAAAAAAUCCUGGAACCCAAAGGACAUUGGCAUUUCUAUAAUUGGUGCUUGGUGUAGGGGGGGGGAGGCAUAUUUAUACUCACCUCUCCGGAGUCCUGCAUCGGCCAGUGCUGCAGAGCAGCAGAAAUUGCUAUGAAAAUUUUGUGGCGGACAUUUUCCUAGUGAUUUGUGCAUGUGCAAUAGAGAAGUCACCAAGAAAGUGGCGUGGGCACCAUGUUUGCGGAGACCUGCAAAUGUGCAAGAGGCUUUGGCAAAAAGCCAGAGUCUCCUGCGCCGCCAUAGAGGAAGGGGCCCGCACUGAGGCUCCUCUCUUAAACCGCCUUUGCCAGGGGUCUACCACAAACAUAUUUAAUAUUGAAAUCAAUGGUGUUGUUAGCUACCUAGACGAACACUUGACUGUUCCUGUAAGACUUUCCGUUACACACUCAGGGCAAGUUGUAUCAAACCUUGGAGACAGAUACAGUAAGGUGGAGAAGAUGCUUUGGGCAACUUCUCUACUGUACCACUCUCUAAGGUUUGUGUACUUGAGUGCUUCUAAAGGAUAAUUGCCAACAUUUUAAAACUGUGUCCUCCACCAACCUGCUUCUCUGUUCCUGAGUUGGUGAAGGCCUUUCACUAACUGGGAACCUCUUACCAUGCACUAUCAGGAUCCUGAUGAAAUCAAGCUUCCACAAAGAAGUGCCUAACUUGAGAGCAGAUCCUAACAGAUCACUACAAAACUUGCCUCUGACCCCCAUCAUUGUGACCCCUUGGGGACAUUGAUGUGAUGGUUCCAGUGCAACAGCAAUUUCUGGUGGACUGUGAUAACCAGGGCAGAAAUUGGGUCUAAAAAAACACUCUUGGACAGUCUAGUCGUAAAUCUGCCCAUCAUUUGUGGGAAUGGGGGGUUGAUUUCAUCAGGGACCCUAAUAGUGCAACAGAAAUUGGUUUCUUGGGGGAAAUUCCACAAUGGAAGUAAUCAGGAAUCAAUGGGGGUUGAAGAUUACUAUUUCAAUGUUGAGUCUAAGGGGUAUAUUUACUAAGGUGUGAAUUUUUUUAGAAGUGGAGAUUUUGCCCAUAGCAACCAAUCAUAUUCCACUUAACAUUUAUCUAGCGGCUUCUAGAAGAUAAAAGCUAGAAUCUGAUUGGUUGCUGUGGACAACAUUUCCACUUCUAAAAAAUAACCUCACACCUUAGUAAAUAUACCCCUAGAUGGGAAAUUGAGCUUCAUACAUCUGUUGACCACUGUUAUAAAAGAUGCAGCAGUAUUCCUAACAGCUUGGUUAAGUAAAACAUGGUUUACCCACAACUCACAGCUGAAUCCAUAGACAGUCCUUUUAAUUAACGUUCCAUUCAGAUUGGCUGGAUGGCAUUUUCUAUGAAUAGUCCCCACUUUUCUCAAAGCAAACACAUCUUAGUAUCACCAAGAUAAUUAGCCGAUGCAGACUAUGAAGACAUGACCCUGUAACUCAUAGAGACUUUUCAGGAUAUAAUGAUACAAGGUUGUACAAAUGUUCCACCUCCCACUGCAGCCAAUCAGAUGCCAUUUCUCUAGUACAGUCUUGAAAUUGAAGGCAAACUUGCGAUUGGUUUCUUUGGGUUAACCUACAUUUGUGCACAAAGCCCAGCGCUAUGAAAUAAGCUAAUUUGCCUUCUGGAGAUUUUGCCAUUCUCACGCCUUUGUCAUUGUACUUCUUGUGGACAGAUGAUUGUCGUAUCCUGUUUAAAAAUAUCACGGUUCAUCCCUCUUGGUCAUUCUCCUCUGCUUGUCGUAUCGUGAGGAUGUACAUGCUCUGACCAUUACUAAACGAGUGUGGGUCAUAUAUCACAGUAUGCUGCACCCAUUUCAGUGCCAGGAGCGCAAGGUGGUAGGAAUAAAACAAUUAAAACCAUUUUUUAUAACUGUAAAAUAAAUCUGCCAGUUCCGGACUUGGCAGCAGUGUGGGGAAGGGAGGGGUGUGCUUUUUUAUAAGUAUUAUUUAAUUUAUUAUUUAGACUGUUUCCUUUAGGAUAAAUUAUGGUCAAUUUUGUAUCAAAUAUGAAAUAACUGAUGCUGGGUGGGAGAGAUUUAUCAAAGCUUGGAAGGAAAUAACGCAGAGAGUGACGUAGUACCAGCCAGUCAGCUCCACGUUACAGGCUGUGUUUGAAAAAUGACAGUUGGGAGCUAAUUGGUUAGUACUUUAUCCCUCUCCAUUUUAUCUCUCACCAAGCUUUGGUACAUCUCCCCCUGGGUUUUAAGACUGAUGUACAUUUUUUUUUAUACUUGUGUAAUGUAAAAUACUAUUUAACCUGUUCAUGUUUGCUGAGCUUUAUUGGGCUACACUGUUUCUAUCUUUCCUUUUAAAUAUUUUAUUUGGUGUGUAUUAUAUUGUAGUAUUGUAGCUCCUCGUGGGUGGGGCCAUGGUAAAAUUCACUAAAGGUUAUACAAACAUUUACAAUAAUUACAUUUUAUGAAAACAGAAAUGUAUGCAAUUCUGGUUAGUACUUAUGACUUGAACAACAUAUUCUAUGCAUUGAAAGUUUUGUCAUUUAGGGGGAAAUGUAUCAAACCUUUGAAAGAGUUAAAGUGUAGAGAAAUAAAGUAUCAGCCAAUCAGCUCCUAACUGCCAUGUUACUUGCUGUAUUUGAAAAAUGACAAUUAGGAGCUGAUUGGUUUGUACUUUAUCGCUCUCCACUUCAUUUCUCCCCAAGCUUUGAUACACCUGCUUCUUCGUCAUCAUUUAAGUAAACUGUUUCCUGGCACUUGUAGGUGGGAUGGCACGGCUGCAUCUUCUAUAGUGGAACUUUAACACCUCUUUGGUCUGUUUGGUUAUCCCUUGUUAAAUUGUCCUAUGUCUAGUAUGCAGAUUGCUCUCUAUCCUGCACUCUUGCUCUUCAUCACUAGUUGUUCUGCUGCAUGCCGUUACGAGUUAUCAGCACUGACAAAGAGAAAGUUAAGCAGCCGUAGAGACACAACACUGUCAUGGAUCGCUAUUGAGACUGAAAUUGCGAUGGUCUCAAAACUGCCACUGCUAAAAAAUCACAUGAAAAAUUGGCCAAUGAGCAUUUUUGCAAUUUAGCGAUCCAUGCUGAAUUAGGCCCCCUGCCCACAAGAGGAAUUAGCAGACUAGUCACUCUACUUAUACCCGUUUCAGACCGCCUGAGGGUGGGUCGCCCCCGGGAGCCUGACACGUGAUCUCCAAGUGCCGCCCGUCCACACAGUGUGAACGAGAAACUGUUCGUAUCGACCCUGCUCCCGUUCACACCGCACAGCGAGCGGGGUUGAACACGAGUUCAACCCAGCUUGCUACCAGGGUUGAUUUACUGGGUCGCUCGUCCUGGUAUAUUUCCCCUGGCACCUUUCAGACCGCACAGGAACACGAGUUAUGCGCGCGUUCAUGUGCCAGUAACCCGUGUUCAAACCUGGUUGUCUGAAAGGGGUAUAACUGAACUAUCACCCUGGCAAAUAUUUCUGUUCGGGAACGGGAAUUGAAAGAAUAUUUCUGCGUUGUGUUCGAAUUACUGUAACCUAUUUAAAGUAAGGAAUUUUUUUUUUUUAUUUACUUGAUUUUUUUACACAAUAUUAAGCUCCACUUUGCAAUGUGAUGUAUCCGUGUAGGAUUAGGUUACAGGUUGUUAUGGUAAUGUUUUAAACUGUUUCAUUUCAUGGCCAUAAAUUUUGAUUUGCUUCACAAUUACACAAUCAAUUGGAACCAACUUGUUCUUUGAAUUGUUGUCAGGAAUUCACCACACUUUACCUGGCCAAACUUUGAACGCAGUCAUUUGUAUAAUCUUUAGUGAAUUGAAAACUGUUGCUGGAUUUUUUUUAGUAUUGUGUAUGCCAACGUCUCGAGUAAAAUAAGUUCCUGACGCCCAAUGUUAUAAGUGCAUCCGUGCUUUUAUGCUUUGCUUGAAGUCUUGUUAAAUUGGCACGAAAAAGAUUCAUCCAGAAAAAAAAAUUGUUCAAGUUACGCGAGAAAACUUGUCUCAAUCCCGUUCAGUGUCUUCUAAAAUGUGUCUGUCUUCUUUUCUUGAUGGGAUUGGGUGUACAUCAGCUUAUAAACAGCCAAGUCAGGUAUUUCUGAUACGAAAAAGCCUCCAAGCGGAAAGACGAACCAGUAGAAUUUCUUGAAUUGUUAACCAAAUUAGAUUAGUGAUUUCAAUAUUUAAAUGUAAAUUCUGUUUUCAGAAGAGAAACUUAAUUCUAGUUUAAAAUUGACUGUUUCUACACACAAUCUUGUAUACUACUUCAAGAAGAAAAGUUUUUGUUUUUUUAAUGCACUGUAGAACAGUCCCAUAUUCAUUUUUUAUAGAAAUGUUACCCAA